AUGGUGGUUGGAGGUAGUCAACAGGAAACCCAGGACCCGGGUUUCGUGCUACUUGGCACUCGUCAGCAAGGUGUACCUGUAAUCUUGAGGGAACUGGUGCUCCCUGGCGGAUUCGAUCUCGUGUCACCCAGCUUCACAGUCAGAGACGUUACCACUGGCUCGGAUAGCUCAGUUCUUUAUGGUGUAUUCCCAUUUUUGGAAUCCUACAGAUUUAGUUGUAUAACUAUUCAUAUAAUUACUUAUGUGGUGUAUGCUACUGAUGUUGGCAGAUAUAAGCAGUAUGUAUCAUCAAUAAAAUGUGAAAUGCCUAGUGGCAGAAGGCUAAGAAUUUUCGAAAAGAAGAGAGUUUGGACAGAGAAU